CUGUGUGCGGCUCGGUGGAUGCUCGGGCCCGCCUCUCACAGCCUCGGGCUCUCAGUCGUGUACGCGGUGUCUCGGCCCACAGCCGCGAGUAGCCGGGCUGGGCGCGCAGACCCGGCAGUGCCGCGGCCUCCUGCUGCCCCACCCUGGGCCGGGCCUCGUCGCGAGCCUCAGAUACGGGGGUAGCUCCUCCCGGGACAAGGACCGAAGUGUGACAGUCAGUAGUUCAGUGCCCAUGCCUGCUGGAGCGAAGGGAAGCCAACCCAAAUGCACCCAGUCCACCCCUCAGAAGGUCCCCAAUCGCCUGAUCAAUGAGAAGUCACCAUACCUCCUGCAACAUGCCUACAAUCCUGUGGACUGGUACCCCUGGGGAAAGGAAGCCUUUGACAAAGCCAGGAAUGAAAACAAGCCAAUUUUCCUUUCAGUGGGAUACUCCACCUGCCACUGGUGCCAUAUGAUGGAAGAGGAGUCCUUCCAGAACGAGGAGAUUGGCCAACUGCUCAAUGAGGAUUUUGUCUGUGUGAAGGUGGACCGGGAGGAGCGACCUGAUGUGGACAAGGUAUACAUGACCUUUGUGCAGGCCACCAGCAAUGGUGGGGGCUGGCCCAUGAAUGUGUGGUUGACUCCCAACCUCCAGCCCUUUGUGGGGGGCACCUAUUUCCCCCUGGAGGAUGGCCUGACCCGAGUUGGCUUUCGGACGGUGUUGCUGAGAAUACGGGACAAGUGGAAACAGAACAAGGGUGCCCUGCUCGAAAACAGUCAGCGUGUCACCACAGCCCUGCUGGCUCGGUCGGAGAUUAGCAUGGGUGACCGCCAGGUGCCACCCUCUGCUGCCACCAUGAAAAGUCGCUGCUUCCAGCAGCUGGACGAAGGCUAUGAUGAGGAGUACGGUGGCUUUGCUGAGGCCCCCAAGUUCCCCACACCGGUGAUCCUGAACUUCCUGUUCUCCUACUGGCUCGAUCAUCAACUAACCCAGGAUGGUUCCCGGGCCCAGCAGAUGGCCUUGCACACCCUGAAAAUGAUGGCCAAUGGGGGUAUCCGAGACCACGUAGGGCAGGGCUUCCACCGCUACUCCACGGACCGCCAGUGGCACGUCCCACGCUUUGAGAAGAUGCUGUAUGACCAGGGGCAGCUUGCAGUAGCCUAUUCACAGGCCUUCCAGAUCUCUGGUGAUGAGUUCUAUGCUGAUGUUGCCAAAGACAUCCUGCAGUACGUGUCUCGGAACCUGAGUCACCGGUCUGGAGGCUUCUACAGCGCUGAGGAUGCAGACUCGCCCCCGGAGAGGGACAUUCGGCCCAAAGAGGGUGCCUUCUAUGUGUGGACUGUCAAAGAGGUCCAGCAGCUGCUCCCCGAGCCUGUGCUGGGUGCUACCGAGCCGCUGACCUCGGGCCAGCUCCUCAUGAAACACUAUGGCCUCACAGAAGCCGGCAACAUUGGCCCCAGUCAGGACCCCAAAGGGGAGCUGCAGGGCCAGAACUUGCUGAAUGUCCGGUAUUCGCUAGAACUGACUGCUGCCCGCUUUGGCCUGGACAUGGAGGCUGUACGGACCUUGCUCAAUACAGGGCUGGAGAAGCUCUUCCAGGCCAGGAAACAUCGGCCGAAACCGCACCUGGACACCAAGAUGCUGGCCGCCUGGAACGGACUGAUGGUGUCUGGCUACGCUGUGACGGGGGCUGUUCUGGGCCUGGAGAGGCUGAUCAACUGCGCCAUCAAUGGGGCCAAGUUUCUGAAGCGGCACAUGUUUGAUGUGGCCAGCGGCCGCCUGAUGCGAACCUGCUACACAGGCUCUGGGGGGACCGUGGAGCAGAGCAACCCGCCCUGCUGGGGUUUCCUGGAAGACUACGCCUUUGUAGUGCGGGGCUUGCUGGACCUGUACGAGGCCUCACAGGAGAGUGCAUGGCUCGAGUGGGCUCUGCGGCUGCAGGACACACAGGACAGACUCUUCUGGGACUCGCAGGGUGGUGGCUACUUCUGUAGUGAGGCUGAGCUGGGGGCUGGCCUGCCCCUGCGUCUGAAAGACGACCAGGAUGGCGCAGAGCCCAGUGCCAACUCUGUGUCAGCCCACAACCUGCUUCGGCUACAUGGCUUCACGGGCCACAAGGACUGGAUGGACAAGUGUGCGUGCCUGUUGACUGCCUUCUCUGAGCGCCUGCGCCGUGUCCCUGUGGCAUUGCCUGAGAUGAUCUGCGCCCUCUCGGCCCACCAGCAGACCCUCAAGCAGAUUGUGAUCUGCGGAGACCCCCAGGCCAAGGACACCAAGGCUCUUUUGCAGUGUGUCCACUCCAUCUACAUCCCUAACAAGGUGCUGAUUUUGGCCGACGGUGACCCAUCUAGCUUCCUGUCCCGCCAGCUGCCCUUCCUGAGAACCUUGCGGAGACUAGAAGACCUGGCCACCGCCUAUGUAUAUGAGCAUGAAGCCUGCUCUAUGCCCAUCACCGAGCCCUGUGAAUUAAGAAAACUGCUGCACCAGUGAUGGGAACCCCCUGCCUUGGUCUGGGCAGAAGGUGGGGCUUCUAACGCACCAGAGACUCAGGCCCUGGUGCCCUCAGCCAUCCUUGUUGUCCCUCCCUCCAUGGGCACCUACUCACCCUGGAAUAAACCUAACAGUGUC